AAAGUUUAGGGGGUAAAUGAAUAGUUAACCCAUUUCCAGACCACCACUGAUCGACUCCGUCGAUUAUAAACUGUUCUCCGGCACGAAAGAAGCAAAGACAUUCUUUCAGUCGAAAUUAUAGUAAAUGGAAGUGGAAUCAGCAGCGGUGAGUACCUUAUUGAUAAGGCACCUUCCAGAGGCAAUUCCACAUGAAACUCUUUCACGUCUCUUCUCUCACUACGGCGCCACCUCUGUCCGUCCAUGCGCCGGCGGAAGACUUAGAAACUGUGCGUUUGUGGAUUUCAAAAAUGAAGCUUUGGCUUAUCAAGCACAGCGUCAAUUGAAUGGGUUGAGGUUUCUUGGUAAGGUGUUAGCUGCGGAGAAAGCCAAUAAUAAUAAGCCAAAUGAGAAUAAUGUGCUUACACAAAGUGAAGCUCAAAUAAGGAAGGAUCAUACACUACCGACUUCUGUGGACAAGGAUGCUUCUGCAAUGAUAGAUACUGAUGGUCGUUCUAAGUCCGUACCUGCUAGUGAACCCAUUGCUCCAAGGCUUGGUGUAGACUAUCCAUUUCCUCCUCAUUUGGAGUACACUUAUCCUCCUCCAGAUGGAAACAUUCUGACCAACAUUGUAAAUGCCCUUAUUGCUGUUCCUCGUUUUUAUACACAGGUGUUGCAUUUGAUGAACAAAAUGAACAUUCCAGCUCCAUUUCGAAUGGCCCUGCCAACUCCACCAUUGCCACCUUCAGCACCCCCACCCCCGCCGCCACCUCCCCCUACUGUUGCUGGAAAGCCUCACUUGGCAGAUUUAUCCAGUAGUGAGGCAGAAAUGGAGUCUUCAGAUGAGGAUAUUGAUAACAAAACCCAUCCUGUUUCAAGAGAAAUUAAAUCUCGAAGAAAGCGUGUGAGACAAGAAGCAAUAGUAGGCCCUGGAGUGGAUAAAGAUGUGGUUCAUGAAGCUGUUGGAUUGAAACCUUCCUCCCUGGUUCCAAAAGAAAUUCCUGUUAUAAAAAAGAAAAAUCCCGUGUUGCAGAUCAAAAUUGCCCCAAAAGUAUCUCAGACUGAACAAACAGAUGAUAUCAGUAUGAAAGAAUCUGAUGAACAAGAUGAGGAAGGUUUAGAUCAUAAACCUUUUGCAACUCCAGAAGAAUUGGAAAGUAACAAGCUGGCUCCAGAGGAAAUUUUAUCGCUUCCUCAGUUUAAGAAUUACACAGUUGGGAAUCCUGCAUCUGUGCUGUACAUAAAGAACUUGAGCAAGGACAUGGUUGCUGAUGACUUCUUCUACAUAUUUGGAUCAUUGUUUGGAAGCCUUGAUGCUGCUAAAGUUGGCCUUAGUGUGAAGCUGAUGCAGGAGGGGAGAAUGAGGGGUCAAGCUUUUGUGACAUUUCCAUCAGUUGAACUUGCCCAUCAAGCUCUGAAUCUAGUGAAUGGAUAUGUAUUUAAAGGGAAACCGAUGAUCAUACAGUUUGGCAGGAAUCCUUCAGCUAGCAAGACAAAUUAGAUAAGAUUUGCCAUGAUAGGAGGGAGCUGCUUAUACAGAUCUGACAGUUGGUUGAACCUGAAAGAAAUGGCUCUUUUCAGAUUAUCAAUCACGCAAUGACUCGAUUAGUUCUUAAUCACUUCAUGUAUGCAGACUUAAACAAACAAAUUCCCAACAAUUUUGUAUAGGUAUUCCGAUGGCGUGGCCAUAAAGAAGGGAAGGUUAAUAUUCAUGAUCAUGAGAACUACACAAAGGAAGAAUAUGAAUCUGCUCCCAGAGUCAGUUGCACCCAUCCCAAUUGAUGAGCCAUUGCUACUUCAUUCGGUAUAUGCAUUUCGGUGGGUGUUGGCUUGCUGCUAACGCUAAGCCCGCUGCCAUUGACUGAUAAAAUAGUUAGGUGCAAAUUCUUUAUAUACCAAGCGGAAGAAGGCCAAGGAUAGAAAAAGAGAAGGAUUGUUAAUCAAACUAUCCCUUUCCUCUUUUCUAAUUCCUUUUAUUUUUCCAAUAUUGAAAAAUUUGUUUCGGCGACAAUCCCUUUGAUCGUUUAGAGAUAUGGAAAUAGUGGAUUGAAGCUGCUAUUGUA